CGACGCGGCACUGGAGUGGUGAGGGUUAGUGACGCGUGAACUGAGUGCAGUUGACCUGGUCAGGUGGGAAAUACAGGACUUGGACGUCUUCGCUCGUGAAUCUGGCUUGCUGCAUCGACUCGUGCUGAGGACUUGAGUCUCUUCAAGUCGCUGUUGGCUUGCCGACGCGUCAUUUGGUGAAAUAUGAUGCUGAGCUGAACGGAUCCAACCCAGGAAGUCUAGACAAAGUUGCUGCUGCUCUUCAUCCCAAAGUGAAGUUUAUCCGGCCAGUAAUUAAGUCAUGCUGCGCCACUGGGUGUACCACGCCGGGCUGAUGGUGGCAGUCGCACUCUGCUACCACAACGCUCUGCACUGCGACUUUGUGUUCGACGACAUCAGUGCGGUGAAGGACAACAGAGACCUGCGACCGCACACGCCGCUCACCAAUCUGCUGCACAACGACUUCUGGGGCACGCCCAUGGAGAAGGAGCAGUCCCACAAGUCGUACCGUCCCCUGUGCGUGCUGACGUUCCGUUGGAACUACCUGCUGCACCAGCUGAGGCCGUUCGGCUACCACCUCACCAAUGUCCUGCUGCACGUGCUCGUCUGCGUGCUCUACUUCAGGUUAUGUACACUCUUUGUCUCGGACAUGUGCAGUUUUGUGGCGGCUCUGCUGUUCGCCGUGCAUCCAAUACACACAGAGGCGGUGACUGGGGUGGUUGGCCGCGCCGAACUUCUAUCGUCCGUGUUCUUCAUCGUCGCCAUACUGUCCUACGUCAGAGCCACGAGAACCCCACAGGGAACUGACUGGAGCUGGGUGGGCGUCACUCUUCUCUGCGUCACAGCGGCAAUGCUCUGUAAGGAACAGGGCAUCACGGCCAUCGGCGUCUGCGCCGUCUACGAGGUGUUCGUCAUCAGAAAGUUGCGGCUGGCCGGUCUGCCGUACCUGCUGCGCUCGCUGGUCAGCGGGAAGGUGCCGCCUCCCGACUGGCUGAGGGCCGCCUCCUCCCGGCUGCUGGUGCUCGCCGCCAGCGCCCUCUGUCUGCUGGUGGCCAGGGUCAAGGUCAUGGGCGCCCAGCUGCCGGCUUUUACCAGAUUUGACAAUCCAGCGGCGGCGGCUGUCACACCGACCCGCCAGCUCACCUACACAUACCUGGCGGCCGUGAACACCGGCCUGCUGCUGGCCCCGGAUCAGCUCUGCUGCGACUGGACCAUGGGCACCGUGCCGCUAGUGACAUCUAUCGGCGACCCGCGCAACCUCAGUCCGCUGCUGGUGCUGGCAGGGGUGGGCCGCCUGCUCUGGCGGGCGCUAUCCGCUGCAGACAGGCUCUCAGACGCAAUAAUCAUGAGCCUGGCGCUACUGGUGCUACCGUACCUGCCAGCCAGCAACCUGUUCUUCCCCGUCGGCUUCGUGGUGGCCGAGAGGGUGCUGUACAUGCCGUCCAUGGGCCUCUGCCUGCUGGUGGCUGCCGGAUUCUGCGCACUGCUGCGUUACGGCCGGUGUCGCAGCGUUCUGUACGCCGCGCUGGCCGUCCUGCUACUGACGCACGGCCUGAAGACGUACCGUCGAAACCACGACUGGAGGGACGAGUACUCCAUCUUUACCGCAGGCCUGCGCGUCAACAGAAACAACGCCAAGCUGUACAACAACGUCGGCCACGCGCUCGAAGGCCAGCGACAGUUCGAGAGGGCGCUCAAAUUCUUCCAGCAGGCCGUCAAGGUACAAGGCGACGACAUAGGUGCUUACAUCAACGUGGGCCGCACUUACAACAGCCUCCAAAUGUACACCGAAGCUGAGGAGGCGUACAUGAAGGCUAAGUCUCUGCUACCGAAGGCCAAAUCCGGCGAGACGUACGAGGCGCGCGUGGCGCCCAACCACCUGACCGUGUUCCUGAACCUGGCGAACCUGGUGUCGCGGGACCCGGCGCGACUGGAGGAGGCCGACACCCUCUACCGCCAGGCCAUCAGCAUGCGGGCCGACUACACGCAGGCCUACAUAAACCGUGGCGACGUGCUGGUGCGUCUGAACCGGACCCGGGAGGCGCAGCGCACCUACGAGACGGCGCUCUUUUACGACAACGAUAACCCGGACAUCUACUAUAACCUGGGUAUCGUGUACCUGGAGCUAGGUCGUCAGGCGCAGGCGCUGGCCUACCUGGACAAGGCGCUGGAGUUUGAGCCGGACCACCAGCAGGCUCUGCUGAACUCGGCCGCCAUAAUCCAGGAGUCGGGCGCGGCGCGACUCCGGCCGACGGCGCGGCUGCGGCUCCGGCGGCUGCUGCAGCUCACGCCGGCCGUGGUGGGAGCCGAGAGGGUCCACUUCAACCUGGGCAUGCUGGCCAUGGACGAGCGCGACCUACCCGCCGCCGAGGCGCACUUCAGGAAGGCAGUGGAACUGAAGCCCGAUUUCCGCAGUGCACUGUUUAACCUGGCGCUCCUACUGAGCGACUCAGGCAGGCCGCUGGAGGCCGCCCCUUUUCUGCACCACCUGGUCCAUCAUCACCCAGACCACAUCAAGGCCUUCAUCCUCCUCGGAGACAUAUACGUCAAUAAUAUGAAGGAUCUGGAUGAGGCCGAACGGUGUUACGAGCACAUUCUACGUCUGGACCCUGACCACGUGCAGGGUCUGCACAACCUGUGUGUGGUGUACGUGGAGCGAGCGGAGCUGGCCAGGGCCGAGCAGUGCCUGCUGCGAGCCGUUCACUUAGCCCCACACGAGGAGUACAUUCAGAGACACCUGAGAAUAGUGCGCUCCCGGAGACAGCCGGCGGCAGUCGCCGGCGCCAGACAGGACGGCGUCUCCUAGCAACGCGACACGCUGAACGGUAGUGAAAAACGGCCAGCUAUGUGGCAUGCCUUGGUGAACAAAAUAGAGUUGUGACAGUGUUCAUGCCAAGUGUAAAGUGGCAUGUCAAGUGGCUGUUCACUUGGAGAUGGUACACGGCUGUCCACUAGACAAAUACGACGGAGACAAGUUCGCGCGCCUUCUGAUCGUUCUAGAACUCCGUUGGUAUGGUUAGCCUGCACGGCAACGCUUCGGCAGCUUUACACCAAGCAUCAUCUCCGAACAGUAACGAUUAUUUCUUAACCGUCGUGCUGUUGGUAUUUUGAUCAAAUUUCUAGCUCGGAGCUGUUCUCAGGGUGCUGCACUUGGACUUUAGUUUUGCUGGGGAGCUGACGUGCCUUUCUUGCCCUGCUUCUCUCCAGAGAUGUACGUUCUCGCUGCAAUGUCCGCUGGUGUCAUAGUGUGUCAGAUCAGAUGUGGCAUAGUGUCAGUCAAAAUAAGACACAUGCGGUGACACAUGAGUCGAGGCAUAUGGAUGUCAGAGCUUGAACUCUGAUACAAGACGACGUUCUUUGUAACUUACCUCCGACAAAUAGUCAGGCAAGUGACGCUGCGUGUGCUUAUCGAUGUAUAUGUGAUCGUGUUGGUCAAUGGGAACAGAUCGGCUGAACUCUUUUGGACGUACUGCCGAUGUUUUGAUGACUGGAAAUGUAGCUGCGAUUGUGCGCCAAAUAGAUGUUGUUUGUGUGUCUGUAAUGUGACUUGUUUGUACAGGAGCGUGCCGUUCAUCUUUUGUAGCCGACAACACUAUAAUGUGUUAAGCUUUUGGACAUUUCCGCGAUUAGGAGGAAAUUGAAACGCCGCGCUGGUUUAUUUAUGCCUAUUUAUUUAUCUCGUUUUUCUUUUUAAGUUGUGUUGUUCCACAUCGAGACCGUUACGGUUCGACAUUCAGUUAUGGGUCAUUUUGGCGUCAUCUUAUCAUUUAUAAUGUUUUGGUAGUUUUUGUCUUUUCCAAAAAAAAAAAAACAUGUUACAUGACGCAUCUGCACGUAUGGCCCAACUGAUGAUCAGUUGUCGUACAUAAUGUAUAUUCAUCCAUACUUUCAGAUCAAAGAGAAGUCACUGUUAUUGGACCAUAUUUUAAGCAAAAUUGCUGAGCCGCCAGGCCGGCCUUUGCAACUGCGUCGGUCACCCAACCAGGAACUGAUUAGAAAUCGUAUCCGCGCUGCCUAUCUGAACCUUGAAAGGCAGCGACUGUGUUCAAUGUUCACUGUGCUCGCCUUGUCUUGCAUGACUGUCGUGCUCUGUUCUAUCGGCAUCUGGCAGCCAUGUUGCGAAUGUGUCUGUGUGCGCUGUGUUUGGAUCAUGUCUGCUGUCAACGCAGGAACAACCGCCAUGUUACAUAAGGAGAGAGUCGAUGUGUCGAAAACUGACAGCUGGGCGACUUUUCUCAGACUGGCGAAGGUGUUGUGCCGCGGUGUCGCGUAUUUUCGUGACGUCAUCAGUGGUCAGCUGGCUGUUUGUGUUUGCGAGCUUUUCUCGUCAGCUGGCGAUGAGGUCUUUUGUGCGUGUGUUCGUGACGUGAUGUGACGUCACAAGAAGUCAAUACGAGAGCUGAGGAGCCCAUCUGUGAUACAGGAAAUAUAUAGAUUGUGUGCGUUUUA